ACAAGUAUUCUUUCUCUUCUUGAUUGUUAGAUAUUUUUUCGUGGUCCUGAUCCAAAGAUACCAAUUUUUUAAAAAAAAGAGUUUCUGUUUUUUUCUUCUUCAUCUUCAUCUUCAACAUCUUCUCUGAUAUUUUCUCUCUCUAUCUCUCUCUCUCUCUCCUUCGAUCGUUUUGGUCGGACUAAGAUCUGUUAUUAAUCGAGAGUCUCGUUUCGUUUGCUUUGUUUUGACUUUUGUUGGUGUUACCGAGUUCUGCUUUUGUUUGUUUGUUUGUCCUGUUUAUUUUGAGCUCUGAUUCGAUGGGGGAGAUUGUGGUUUUAAGUAGUGAUGAUGGUAUGGAGACGACUAAGAACAACAACAGAGGCAAGUCAUCUGAAGUUGUUCAGUGGGAGAAGUAUUUGCCUAAAACUGUUCUUAGGGUUUUGUUAGUUGAAUCUGAUGAUUCAACUCGUCAAAUCAUCACUGCUCUUCUUCGUAAAUGCUGUUACAAAGUUGUCGCUGCUUCCGAUGGUUUAGCUGCUUGGGAUAUUCUUAAGGAGAAGUCUCAUAACAUUGAUCUUGUACUAACAGAGCUGGAUUUGCCAUCUAUAUCUGGUUUUGCUCUACUUGCUUUGUGUAUGGAGCAUGAAGCUUGCAAGAACAUUCCUGUCAUAAUGAUGUCUUCGCAAGAUUCGAUAAAAAUGGUGUUGAAGUGUAUGCUUAGAGGUGCUGCUGAUUAUCUUAUCAAACCCAUGAGGAAAAACGAGUUGAAAAAUCUAUGGCAACAUGUUUGGAGAAGACUUACUUUGCAUGAUGAUCCUACCGCUCAUGCUCAAAGUUUACCAGCUUCACAGCAGAACCUUGAAGAUACUGAUGAAACUAGUGCAGAUUCCAGAUAUCAUUCCGACCAAGGAAGUGGUGCUCAGGCUAUCAGCUACAACGGUCACAACAAGGUUCUGGAGAAUGCCAGAUCACUGGAUGAAAGGGACGAGGUUAAGGAUUCUGGUAGAAAUGAGAAAAAGCCUGAAUCUUUUGAUGUGACAAUGGAUUUGAUUGGUGGAAUUGACAAACGGCCUGAGAGUAUCUAUGAAGACAACAGUCCUGACGCCUGUGCUGGUCCCGAGCUUGGACUCUCUCUGAAAAGAUCUUGCUCUGUUAGUUUUGAGAACCAAGUCGAAAGCAAGCAUCAAAAGCUUAGCCUCUCUGACGCAUCAGCCUUCUUAAGAUUUGAGAAUAGCAAGGCAGCAGAGAAAGCAGCGGUCGCUUUAGAGGCGAGUAGUUCAGGUGAGCCAAAGACACCAACCGAAUCACAUGAAAAGUUAAGAAAAGUAAGAUCUGAUCAAGGAAGCGCCACAACGAGCAGCAACCAGGAGAAUAUAGGAUCAUCAAGCAUAACCGGACAAUGCGGACAGAACGAGUUAAGCAUCCCUCACCAAGUUCUUCCGUCUGCAGUUACAAAUCAAGUGCAAAAUCCGCAAGAUUCCCCAGCUCCAGUAGUAGAAUCAAAUCGUUUGAAAGCUAGCAAGGAAGCAGAAGUUGGAUCUCAAAGCACCUGCAACACAGAUGAGGGGAUUGCAGGACAAAGUAGCAGCACAGAGAAAAAGCCAAAGGAAGAAGAAAGUGCACAACAACGUUGGAGUCGGAGUCAAAGAGAAGCUGCACUGAUGAAAUUCAGGUUAAAGAGGAAAGAUCGAUGCUUUGAUAAAAAGGUUCGAUACCAGAGCAGGAAGAAGCUAGCGGAACAACGUCCACGAGUGAAAGGGCAGUUCGUGCGUGCCGUCAAUUCAGACUCGUCUACAAAAGCCUGAAACAGCUCAACAAAAAAAAAACUCUUUAUAAGCUUUUUUUUAUCUCUCGAUUUCUUUUGUUAGUUUUCAUUACAAUAGAAACCAAACUUAAUUAGAUUUGUUUUUCUUUAGUGUGUUUUUUUUUGUUUUUCUUGUAUUUGAUUGGCUACUUCUGAGAGUAACUUUUGUAUAUAUACAACUCUGAUAAAUGAGGAGUUCGUUAUGCUAAAACCGUAA